AUGUCAUUGUUUCGGACUGGUCAUUUCGAGGCAACGGAUGAACUCCAGUCAGGGCAGUCAACUUCUGCGACUGCAGACAAGAAAGCUGAUGCUGUGCACAUCACGAUUCUCGUGGAUCGCCGGAUUUCAGCUAAAGCCAUCGCUGAGAUUCUGGAUAUUUUCCACAAAAUGAGUGUCAAUAUACGUGAACACAAAUCAGUAGCGCAUCAGACAGAUAUCAAAGCCGAUUUUGGGCCAGUUUUCAGCAGAAAGGCUGGUUUAAUGGCUUCUUUAGUAACUAUGGAUGAAACCUGGUUUCAUAAUUAUGAAUUCUAG